AUGGGCAUGAAACACUCCUCCCGUUGUCUGCUCCUAAGGAGGAAGAUGGCGGAGAACGCCGCCGAGAACCCCGAGGUGAGCGGUCCCCCGGCUCAGCCCCCUCAGCCUGUGGUCCCGCCCAAGCCUGUGCCCUGCGUCCACCAUGUGUCCACCCAGCCCAGCUGCCCGGGACGGGGCAAACUGUCCAAGCUGCUGAACCCGGAAGAGAUGACGUCGAGAGAUUAUUACUUCGACUCCUAUGCCCACUUUGGGAUCCAUGAGGAAAUGCUAAAGGACGAGGUGCGGACUCUCACUUACCGUAACUCCAUGUACCACAACAAGCAUGUGUUCAAGGACAAGGUGGUGCUGGAUGUGGGCAGUGGUACCGGCAUCCUGUCCAUGUUCGCUGCCAAAGCCGGGGCCAAGAAGGUGUUUGGGAUCGAAUGUUCCAGUAUUUCCGACUACUCGGAGAAGAUUAUUAAGGCCAACCACUUGGACAACAUCAUCACCAUAUUUAAGGGUAAAGUGGAGGAGGUGGAGCUGCCCGUGGAGAAGGUGGACAUCAUCAUCAGCGAGUGGAUGGGCUACUGUCUGUUCUAUGAGUCCAUGCUCAACACGGUGAUCUUUGCCAGGGACAAGUGGCUGAAACCCGGAGGACUUAUGUUUCCAGACCGGGCAGCAUUGUACGUGGUAGCAAUUGAAGACAGACAGUACAAGGACUUCAAAAUCCACUGGUGGGAGAACGUGUAUGGCUUUGACAUGACCUGCAUCCGGGACGUGGCCAUGAAGGAGCCCCUGGUGGACAUUGUGGAUCCAAAGCAAGUGGUGACCAACGCCUGCUUAAUAAAGGAGGUGGACAUUUACACGGUGAAGACGGAAGAGCUCUCGUUCACAUCUACGUUCUGCCUGCAGAUCCAGCGCAAUGACUACGUCCACGCCCUGGUCACCUAUUUUAAUAUUGAAUUUACCAAGUGCCACAAGAAAAUGGGGUUUUCCACAGCCCCCGAUGCCCCCUACACCCACUGGAAGCAGACCGUCUUCUACUUGGAAGACUACCUCACUGUCCGGAGAGGGGAGGAAAUCUACGGGACCAUAACCAUGAAGCCAAACGCCAAAAAUGUGCGAGACCUCGAUUUCACAGUAGACCUGGAUUUUAAGGGACAGCUGUGUGAAACAUCUGUAUCUAAUGACUACAAAAUGCGUUAG